UAUGAAUAAUAAGGUCAAGUUCUCAUAAAUUCACAGCAAUAAUUACUCAUGUCACCUUCCGUACACAAUUUCAUAUAAUCAUCAUUAAAUAAAUUCAUAUUCAUAAAUAUUAAUUCAUUUUUCAAUAUUUUCAUCUUCUAAUUUUUUCUAGAUUCUUUAAUUUUUCACAUAAUCUUUCUCUCAUUUUUCAUACUUGUAUAAAUACAUAGAUUCUUCUUCUUCUUCUUUCAUCAACCCUUUAAUUUCUCUCUCCUGUCGCAAAUUUUACAUUCUAGAAUCUUCGAGGAAGUUCGCUAAUUCUCUCUCUAAUUCUGUUCUUGGAAGUUCCAUAUUGCUAUGACGAUAACAGACUACCAGAACUGGGUCACUCAGCUUUCAAAAGAGUAUCAGUUUGAAUAUCCAUGGGUUCCAUUUACUUCUGUAUUAUGUGGUAUCUUCGCCUGCAAACUGGUGUAUGAUUUGUCUCACUUAAUCAAUGGUAUCUGCUUCAAGCACUACUCUACCCUUCCAAAGAUUAAACAAAUUGAAUGGGACAAUAGGGCUAUAUCAACUCUGCACGCAAUCUUUGUUACAGCUGUGUCGAUUUAUUUGGCAUUUUGGUCUGAUCUUUACUCUGAUGACCUACAACGGGGGUCCAUCCUAUUUCGAAGUUCAACGCUGUCAACAUUUGUUUUAGGGGUUUCAGUUGGAUACUUCCUUUCUGAUAUUGCCAUGAUAUUUUGGUUUUAUCCUGCUUUAGGUGGAAUGGAAUAUGUGCUUCAUCACGUUUUGUCAACGGGAGCACUAGCAUAUGCUAUGUUGAAUAGUACAGGGCAAUUCUAUACAUAUAUGGUUCUUCUUUCUGAGAUAACAACACCAGGGAUCAACAUGAGAUGGUAUCUCGAUGCAGCUGGGAUGAAAAAAUCCAAAGCUUAUGUUGUUAAUGGAGUGGGUAUAUUCUUGACUUGGCUGGUUGCUAGGGUUCUUUUGUUUAUGUACGUGUACUUUCACAUCUAUUCGCAUUAUGAUCAGAUCAAGCAGCUGCCACGCUUUGCAUAUUUACUUACUCUAGGUGUCCCGUGUGUGAUUGGAGGCUUGAAUCUGAUGUGGUUUGCAAAGAUUACGAAAGGAAUGAUUAAGACAUUGACUGCUAAGAAGGAUUAAUAUAGGUCAAAAUUGCAUUUGUUACUCUGCAACUCUGUGCAUACUCUUUGUAAAUGGUAUAGAAGGUAAAUCAAAAUGAAGCUGACUGAUAUCAUACUGAAGCAAAAUCUCUAGCAGGCUGGGUAUGUGAUAGAAGACAUUCAUAAACUGGUGCACAAAUGAAACAGGAUCGGUGAAUAUGCAGUGGUAUUUUGUAUGAGUUACACGAUAAGAAAAAAAAAUUGUGUAUUCAAACAGAAUUUCUUCUGAUACAUCUUUAACACUUGUAUAUCAACAUUGGAUGUAUAUAUGUAUAGACAUCCUCAUAUGUAGAAGCUUGGUUCAUCUUGUGAAACGAAGUCCUUGUGGUUCUGAAAGCAUAAACCGGUACUUCCUACAGGUAGCCUAAUCCAAAUAA